AUGUCGCAAGUCUCCGAUCUCGUCAAAGACGCCAAACUGUCCACCAAGCUCGAUUCGGAGUAUACCACACACACCUUCCUCGAAUCGUCUUUAGUGGUCGGUAAGCGCCCCAGACGCCGACAGCGAGAGGAAAAAUGGAAGAGAGUGCGACAUCUUGGUAUCGGGAUUUUCGGUACAGUAUGGUUAGAGGAAUGUGUUGUUGACAACAGCAACAAAUUGCGGGCUGUCAAGGAGAUUCGCAAGAUUGCGCCAGGGCUCCAGUCAAUGGAUUAUGGUCAUGAGCUAGAAGCCAUCACCAAGUUCUCUCAGCAGAGGUUCGAUGGGUGUUUUGUCAAGUCAUCAGGGUGGUUUGACAACGAUGAGUCGGUUUUCAUAUGCAUGGAGUAUUUUCCUCUUGGAAAUUUUCAAAAACAUAUCUCUCGGCCCUUUCCAGAGGGCGAAACCCAACUUAUCGCCCUCCAGCUACUUGAGGGUCUAGAUUUCAUGCAUAGCAAUGGGUUUGCCCAUCGUGACUUGAAACCUCAGAACAUCUUUGUUCUAUCUCCAGGUCCAGAGUGGUGGGUCAAAAUUGGCGAUUUCGGGACCAGCAAGCGAGUGAUGGAGGUAUUGGCGGGAGUACAGACAUUCAAUGGAGCACCAGCCUUUACUGCCCCAGAGGUGUAUACAGCAAUGUGGGAGCCAGUCGCAGACAGGCGGACUGCCAGCUCAAAUUAUAACCCAGAGGCCGAUAUCUGGUCUUUGGGGGCAGUUACCUACUACCUUCUCACCGGAAACCUUCCAUUCAUGGGGCAACGCGAGCUGCUUUCAUACUACAAAAAAGAAUCCGACCUUCCAUCUAAACCAUUGGAAACUGUCGAAGCAUCCUGUUUCUUGAGGGAAUUGCUUGCGCCUACACCAUCUGAUCGUCUCACUGCCAAGGAAGCAUUAGAACACGCCUGGUUAAUAUGCUUACAUCAAGAUUUGGAACCAGAUGAACCAGUCGCACCACCUCCACCCACAGAAAAAGAUGCAUGUCCAUCGCAGUCUCCAGGGACGCAAAUAACACAGGGUGUGAUGCUACCAGGAAUAGUCAAUCUAACAGCCGCCGCACCCACAAUGCUUGGUCCUGAGACGCCCCUUACAUUACCAUCACAAGCUAGCCUUGGAAUGGAUGGCGACACAUACAAGCAUUUCGUCAAUGAGGCCGCACGCUCUGCCAGCAAUAAUAUGAGCCCGCUCAGCCAUAUACACCCUCUCCAUCGUCCUGCAGCAGACACCAUAUUGAUCACGCAUUCCCAGCAUGGCGAUUCGCUCAUUGAACCUCCUAUUCGUUCACAUAAUCCUCGCCAGAAUUCCCAGCCUUCCUCUGAUUUUUCACUUGCGGAGACAGGCGUCGAUACACUGCCACCGUAUACUCGGCGAAGAUCAGACGCAGCACCUAUUCCAUUGGCAGAUCUGGAUUAUACCACUCCGCGAGCUCAGAGUCCUGUUGAGAGUCAGGGUAGUACGAUCAGCAGUCCCCGGGGCAGUCUUGAUCGUCAUAGUCCGGAUUCGCGGCUCACAGAGCGGAUUCGUCGUGUUUCGGGGAGUAUGUUGCCCAAGCGUCAUCAGCGGCGGGAGCAUGGAAAGAAUAUUGAUGUGCCGGCUUCUCAGACUUCGAACCAAACGAAGGGGCCUAGUAAUACUUCGAAGACCAAGUCUCAGAUUGUGCAGAUUCCUGGCCGUCCUCAGUUUGCGGAGGGUUUACCUUUGUUUCCUAUGCGCUCUAAGAAGGUAUAA